AAAAAAUCUUGAUAAGAAAAUAAAGGACAAAAGGAAGAAAAGGCCGUGGUCGACUGCAACGAUGUAGUUCAAGCCGAAUGUCAACACCUCGAGGUCAUAUCCAGCGGCGACCACUGACCUGGGCUAUCUCUUAUGUCUCAGCUACCCGUCGGCGGAUGAUCACCACAGCCGAAUAAUGACACUCAUAAAAUAACUCUACAAUAGCGGUCAUCCGUCCUGGGCCCAUCUUCAAACCCUCAGACCCUGCAGUGCUAUUGCACCUUUCCCAUUCAAAACAGGCCCGGGGACCUGUUUCGGAGGGGCUAAAAUUAGGGUCACCCGCCCGUUCGGGUCGCUGCUCUCGUGAGCCCUGCGGCACUAAUUGUUGUCCUUAACAAAAACCGUCAAAUCAGAUCCCCGGAAUUCGACCAACAAGAGCUGCUUCCGACGUUUCGUUUUGGGGAAACCCCAGCGGCGCAGGCUGGCGCAUUUUGCCAUGCAGAUGCAUUGUCUACCCCGGACUUUUUGUUGACAAAAGGCUGAAACGGGGAGCGGGCCGUUUUAUGAGUGGCUUGUUGGCCAGCUUUUUGAGGCUUGGGGUGAGAUGUAAUUUGAUGCGGGAAGCGAGUGACGUGCAGAUGGAUGAUCUUCAGUGGACAUGGGCCUAAAACGACCUGUUUAAAGAUGGGAAUGUCAACUUCUGUGCCUGAUCCCAAGGUCUGUACCUUGUUGGAAGUUUUGGUGCGUGUCGUUGUUGGCUUGUGAUCAAUGUCAUGAGUGCAAUGUCUUGGCCAAGCAACGUGGGGUCAUCAGACCAACUUGAGCCCUGAGAUGUUGAGUAGCAAUAUAUAAGCUGCAAGAGUAAUAACACAAACAACAACAAAAGACAGGGCGUGUGGUUUAGUGGCGCGACACCUCAUUUGCAAACAAUGUUCUCUCACUGAAGCUGUUGAAAGACAGAUGGAAGGGUUUGAAUGAUACAAUGCUCUAUGUGAAGGUCCCAGGUUCGAACCCCGUUGGGACCUCCCUUGAUGAUUUAGGAGGCCUUGACUCCAGCAACAGGGCAAACAGCCCCAGCACUAGCAUGGCUCACGUCAGGGUGCCCAUGCAGCUUCCCCUUGUGGUGAUCAACCCUCGCCUUGGUCACCGGGCAGAUAGCAUCGCCUGCCUUGCCCUCAGUGGAAGGGUGAUCGGGAGGGAGAACCGUGGUGGCAGUUCCUACGACAGGGCAGACCUGAUCGUCCAUUUGCUGGCUCUUGGGCUCGUUGACGAGCUUGCCCGUCAAGACGGGGCAGGCAUUCGCAUCGUCGUGGUUGUGCUCAGCGGAGAGUCCGGGGUGGGGAACUUGAGGAUGCUUGUGAAGGUUGUGGUGGUGGUCCGUUGUAGCACCGACGACAGGGCAGGUCUGGCCUGGCUUGUUCAGAUCGAUGUCUGGGUGCGAAGGGGGCAGAGUGGUGUUGGUGGUUCCAACGACGGGGCAGUUCAUUGUGGUUGA